AACUUGUACAUUUAAAUCCGCAGAGCUGAUACGGAAGACGCAAUUACACUAUGUUGUAAUACACACAGCUCUGUUAAGCGCUCAGCCUGCACGGGGAGCACCAACUUCAGUUAAACUACAUUUAACGCGACUCUGUCUUUCUGACAUCGUAUCGUAAGUUUGUAAGGUGCUGGGUUAGCGCAAAGAUGAUGGAUUUGUGCUGGUCAUGUGUGGUUCUCGCCGCGAUCGGAGUUUAUUUACUCACGCAACUCAUUCGCUUCAUCUUCGCUGACGCUGAUCUGACUUUAUUAUGGGCGGCCAAAGUCGGCAGCACACCAGAGUCAAAGUUGCGAGGGAAAGUGGUGUGGAUCACCGGAGCCUCCAGUGGCAUUGGAGAAGAGUUGGCCUAUCAACUUGCGGCACUUGGUGCUCAGCUAGUGCUGUCUGCCCGUAGGGAGAAUGAGCUGGAGAGGGUGAAGCGCUCAUGUUUAGAGCGCUCCUCUCUAAAGGAUAAGGAUAUUCUUGUGCUUCCGCUUGAUUUGAUGGACCGUACAUCGCAUCAAGAAAAAACUGCUACAGCUCUGAAGCACUUCGGUGAUAUAGAUGUGCUUAUAAAUAAUGGUGGUCGGACCCAGCGUUCACUGUGUAUGGACACUGAAGUGGAUGUGUACCAGGCACUUAUGGAGCUCAACUACCUGGGCACCUUAUCUGUCACAAAGCAGGUGCUGCCCCACAUGACCCGCCGUGGUAGUGGUAUCAUAGCAACCGUCAGUAGCGUUGUAGGCUUUGUUGGGGCACCCCUGGCAACAGGGUAUUCUGCAAGCAAGCACGCAGUGCAGGGUUUCUUUAACUGUCUGAGAACAGAACUCACCGAUUAUCCACACAUCACAAUUAGUACCAUCUGCCCUGGACCCGUCAUAUCAAGCAUUGUUCAGAACGCAUUCACUGAGGAACUGGGAAAGCCUGUGACUUCAUCUGGUGAUCAAACACACAAGAUGUCAACAGAGCGCUGUGCCCACCUCAUUCUGGUAGGUCUGGCCAACCAUGUGAAAGAGAUGUGGAUUGCUCAACAGCCCUUUCUACUGUUCUGCUAUUUGUGGCAGUACACUCCUACUCUGGCCUGGUACAUCACUAACAUUCUUGGCAGAAAACGUGUGCAGAACUUCAAAGCAGGACUGGAUGCAGACUCUGCAUACUUCAGCAAGCCAAAGGUCAAGACUACCUGAACAUUUCACUUCAUCAUACUCCAAAGAAGCACUGAUUUGUGAAUUCUUGAACAUUUAUUUGCAAAAGACUUUGAAAAAUCAGCAUCACAAUAUUUCAGCAUAUAAUUAAAUCAACAUGAGAACACACAAUAUGGUUGCUGUAAAAAUAACAAUAGCUAAUAGCUUUUUAAAAAAAAAUUUUUUUUUGUUGAUGUAUUACACAGUAUGUUUGCUGUAUUUAAAAUGUUGUCCAUCACUUAUAAAUAGAAAUUCAUAACCUUG